AUGCUCCUGCCACAGCUGCCAGAGGACGUACUCUACCACAUCCUGGCUUAUUUAGACCACAUAACCCUCAGCCGCUUCUCGCAAGUUUGUAAAGCUGUCUACACUUUUGUUAACCGUGACAAUGUGUGGAAAAGUGUUGCCAAAGAUUUCCUUAACACUGGGAUUCGCCGUGAUGGAUCAGAUCUAUACCCCAAUAUUCCACUCAAGGAUAGAGUUAGGACUGCUCAGAACUGGUCCAAUGGGUUCUGCAACAGGGGCGUCCUUAUCAGAUGGAGAAAGAAUUUGUUGCCUUGGCUGCAGAUGGAUGGAGAUGUCCUGUUCUUGUCCCAGGCUGCAGAGAUCAGAGCUCACAGUGUGCGGCAAAACGGCAAGAGGAUUCUGAGCCAGCCGUUUCAGAGCUACUCUGGUCACCAUGGCGACGUGUGCCGCUUUGUCCUCAACAACUCGUAUUUGAUCAGCAGCGGAAGUGAUGGGACAAUUGUAGUCCACAGCAGGAGAAGUGGCUCUCAGACCAAGCUGCCAGGGCAUAGCCAGGAAAUCAACUGUCUGGAUUCCAGAGGUGAACUCAUUAUCAGUGGAUCCAGAGAUACAACAGUCAAGAUUUGGACAUUGACGUCUGGGUCUUCUAUAGAUACCAUUUCCAUGUUUGACAGAGUCUGGUCUAUUGCCAUUGAUCCCUCUCUCAGCUCCUUUGCCGUGGGUACUGCAUGUUGUCGAACGACUUCCCCUCUUCACAUCUGGACCAUAGAAAGGUUGGAGUGUGUGUGUACCCUGGGCUCAGAUUUUCGACAUGGGGCGGGAGUUCUAGAUAUCGUUUUUGAGUCUCCCUUCCAACUCCUCACGUGUGGCUAUGAUACCUUUAUCCGCCUGUGGGACCUCCGUCUCAGCACACAGAAGUGUGUGAUGGAGUGGGAGGACCCCCACGACAGCGCACUGUACUGCCUGCAAACUGAUGGCAACCACAUGAUGGCGAGCGGCUCCUCGUACUACGGUGUGGUGCGUUUGUGGGAUAAACGGCAAAGCCAGUGUUUACAGGUGUACGAGCUGAGCUCCCAGCGGCCCAGCAGCCCAGUCUACUGCCUACGCUUCAACAGCUCUCAUCUGUUCGCUGCCCUGGCCACCAGCCUGCACUCCCUCGACUUCAGGCAGAGUCCUGGCUCCAGCUCAUAA